UACUUCCGGGAGGAGCUAAGAUGGCGAGCCGCGCGCUGGUGGUGGCGCGAGGAGGGCUCGGCGGCCGUGUUAUCGGCCUCCGUGGCUGCCUGCCUCGUUAUCUGCAAGGUUUUAUAGCUACGCCGGCCUUGACCUGCCCAGCCUUCCAUGGGCAUACAUUCCUUGUUCGAAGUUUUGCAGUUGAAGCGAAGAAAGUAUUUGUACGAGACAAACCGCACGUCAAUGUUGGAACAAUUGGGCAUGUGGACCAUGGCAAAACUACAUUAACAGCAGCCAUCACCAAAAUUUUGGCAGAUACUGGAAGCGCCAAGUUCAAGAAAUAUGAAGAAAUUGAUAAUGCACCCGAAGAGAAGGCACGUGGGAUCACCAUCAAUGCCUCCCAUGUUGAAUAUUCAACAGCUAACCGCCAUUAUGCCCACACAGACUGCCCUGGGCAUGCUGAUUAUGUUAAGAACAUGAUCACAGGAACAGCGCCACUAGAUGGCUGCAUCCUCGUUGUAGCUGCAACAGAUGGACAGAUGCCACAGACAAGGGAGCAUCUUUUGCUUGCCAAACAGAUAGGAGUGAAGCAUGUUGUAGUGUACAUCAACAAAGCUGAUGCAGUCGAUGAUGCAGAGAUGUUGGAGCUCGUAGAGCUGGAGAUCCGCGAGCUGCUCACAGAAUUUGGCUACAAUGGGGAAGAAACGCCUGUUAUCUCAGGCUCCGCUCUGUGCGCCUUGGAGCACCGAAAUCCAGAGCUGGGCUUGAACUCCAUCAUGAAACUGCUGGAUGCAGUGGAUACACACAUUCCUCUGCCACAGCGGGAGCUUGAUAAGCCCUUCCUGCUUCCCAUAGAGCACGUUCACUCCAUACCAGGCCGAGGCACUGUGGUAACUGGUACCCUUGAGCGUGGCAUUAUCAAGAAAGGAGAUGAUUGCGAAUUUGUAGGGCACAACCGGGACUUGCGCUCAGUGGUAACCGGUAUUGAGAUGUUCCACAAACAAUUGGAACGGGCAGAGGCUGGUGAUAAUUUGGGCGCUUUGGUGCGGGGGCUGAAGAGAGAGGAUAUACGGCGGGGGAUGGUUAUGUGCAAGCCUGGCUCCAUCAAGCCGCACCAGAAGGUCGAGGCUCAGGUUUACAUCUUGAGCAAAGAAGAAGGUGGUCGUCACAAGCCCUUUGUUUCUAACUACACACCUGUUAUGUUUUCUCUGACCUGGGACAUGGCCUGCCGUGUAGAAUUGCCUGCAUCAAAGGAAAUGGUGAUGCCAGGUGAAGACACCUCCAUUAUUUUGACUUUGCGGCAGCCCAUGGUUUUGGAAGAGGGGCAGAGAUUCACGCUACGGGAUGGGCACAGAACCAUUGGCACUGGAGUUGUCACAAAAACACUGUCAGUAACUGCAGAAGAUAAGGCGAGGUGGGAAACUUAAGUAUAUCCCUCAGAAGGAUGCUUGUGAGGCAUUUCAGGCCACUGAACAUGUAGAACACAUGAAACCAGGAGUUAAGCGCAUUGCAGAAAGAGGAAGGAUAUAUGUUGAAAGCUUCACAAGCUAUGAGCGGUUUCUUGGAAUAAAGCCCCUUGCUGCUGAAAUUAUACCCUAACUAAAGUAAGUGGUUAGCCUUAUCACCUUGGCUGAGGCGAGAAAAGCCUAAUGUGUUCUGCUCAUUUCAAGGGUGGGUGGGGAGGGCAAGUUGGUUAAAUAAAAGACUUGAAAGCUAA